UGCCGUUGACGUACAGGAACUGUCUGCAACAAAGAAGGAAAUGUGAACCAAUGACCGCACAAUAACUUUUGAAGUGAUAUCUGGUCGGGGAGAGAAUUGUCGCUGGUUGUAUAUGGCAAUGUACUAUGAUAAUGUAAUGCAGAUAGAUCACAAGUCUUACACAAAGAAGGACAUGCUUCAGCUAUCGUUGAUCCAUCUUGUCUGACCUGCUGAAGACGCCGGAGGAAGGGAUGGACUCUCAAGAAUAUGUGACCGCUGAAGUCGAGUCAGAGUGCGUCAACGAGGAUGUUUCAAAAACAAACUCAGCGGAUGGAAAAGACGAGCUCUUUUGUGGACCACAAAGCAGUGACGCAACGAAAGACUGUGCACUUAUGGAGAGCACGCAAGCUGCUGCAGCAUCCCAGACUUCGUUGGAUUGUGGUUCUCACAGUGGGCCGGAUGAACCUGUUUUUACGGGAAGCAGCAGUGACGCAGCUCUAACGCACACGUCUAAUGGGCAGAAAUCUAAAAGGUCAUCUUCACCUGGUCAUCACCCUGUUAAAACAACUUGUGUUGCUGCACACUCUUCGAAUCCCAAACUCACCCUCUGUCUUAGAAUUAGUCCCAGGAAGGAUGUCAGCACCCCUCCCUAUGACGUGGAGAUGUUGAGUCCAGACAGCCCCGUUUCUAAAACCGCGUUGGUCGACGAUCGUGACGGCACGGCAUGUGCAGAGGACUCUCAGCAGUUUGUCAAAUACUCUGAUUCUGAAUGUUCUGCUAAAGAAAACAUCAACAUGGGAAGUGAGGAUGCCGAGAAGGCUGAGUACGGUGGAUCAUCUGAAAUCAGCCAGGACUUAAUUGGAAGCCAGUCAGGAGAACUUUUUGAAAGAGGAUGGCUCGGGACACCCAUAGAUGAGCUGAACCGAAUGCCCCAGUGUGCCCCCCCACUACCUCACCUGAAAGCAACGCAUAACCACACUGUCACAGUCCGGACAGAUUUCCUCAGAGAGGGUGAGGUCCCUGUUCCAUAUCCCAGCAAGUUUAAAGAUGCAUGGGACGACGUGGCCGUAAAGAUGCCCUGCUCUGAGAAGAAUCUGUUUCCUAUGGAGACUGAGGAUGGCGGUGGCGUUCAAAGUCGCUGGGAGCUGAUCCAGACUUCCUUGCGGGGAGGGAUGAAAAGUUCUCUGGAUGUGAGGGACGCUAUAUUAAGAUACAACAUAGCCCACGCAAAGAAAUGGGACUUCACGGCUCUGAACCUUCUUUGCACAGAGUAUCUUGACCAAUCAGAGUUACAACCCCUGUUUGAUGUUGUACUACCAGCUAUGGUUGACCUAGCCCUCAGUGCUCCUGUCCUCUGCACAAUGCCGAUACCCCUUCUGAAGUCCAGGAUGAACCACUCCCUCACCCUCUCUCAGGAGCAAAUAGCCUGUCUCCUGGCCAACUCCUUCUUCUGCACAUUCCCCCGACGCAACUCCCGCAAGUCGGAGUACUGCAAUUACCCCGAGAUCAACUUCUACAGGUUUUUUGAAGGUACUUCACCAAAAAAAAUUGAGAAAUUGAAAACUCUGCUGUGUUACUUCAGGAGAGUCACACAGACCAAGCCCAAGGGUCUUGUUACAUUCACAAGACAAACUCUGAACACUCCCCCGAACUGGGAAAGUUCCAAGACUCUGCUGAAACGCCUACACAUCACUUGUGAGGGGACAAUUGAGGAUGACGGAUAUGGGAUGCUGCAGGUGGACUUUGCAAACAGGUCUGUUGGCGGCGGAGUGACGGGACUUGGGCUGGUCCAGGAAGAGAUCCGGUUUCUCAUCAACCCCGAACUCAUUGUCUCUCGCCUCUUCACUGAAGCUUUGGAAUGCAACGAAUGCCUCAUUGUGACAGGUACUGAACAGUACAGUAAAUAUUCCGGCUAUGCAGAGAGUUUCAAAUGGAAGGACAGCCAUAAGGAUGAGACUGCCAGGGACGACUGGCAGAGACGAUGCACGGAGAUUGUGGCCAUCGAUGCUCUUAAGUUCAGGCACUUCCUUGAGCAGUUUCUCCCUGAGAAGAUGACCAGAGAACUCAACAAGGCAUACUGUGGAUUCUUCAGAAACAACGCCAACAGCAAGCACCUCUCUGCAGUAGCCACAGGGAACUGGGGCUGUGGGGCCUUCGGUGGAGACACCCGGCUCAAAGCACUGAUCCAGUUGAUGGCUGCUGCAGAGGCCGGGAGAGACGUGGCAUACUUCACGUUUGGAGACGCUCAGCUUAUGAGGGAUGUCCAUGAAAUACACACUUUCCUCACUGAGAGACAAGUCACCGUCGGGAGGCUGUACCACCUUCUCAACGAGUACUCCAGUUCCAUGUGCAAGAAUUGUCGCACGACGCGACCCGACGUCAGUCUCUACAGUUUCAUCUACGAGAGAGUCUCUUCCCCUGCGUCAGCCGACGGCCCCGACUCAGCCAACGACUCUGGGAUAUCCCCUCCAACAUCGGACUUUCGCUAAGAUCGGACAGAGCUGCAACUUCCCCUCCUUCCCCGUCUCUGCGUGUAAAAGAGACUCCAGGUUCCAAAAGCCUCAAUGUGCUCUCAGCCUUGUGCUUACAAUCGUUUCCCCUGCCUCUCUCUCUCUUUCUCGCUCUCUCUCUCUCUCUCUCCCCCACACGCUCUCUUUAAUUUUGGGAUCCCAACACAAACUAUCAAACACAUAGCUUGGCCUUUCUCAUUGGCAGUAUUAAAGGAGGCUCGAAGUGGUGAAAUGUUUCAGAGACUUAUAGCAAUAGUAAAUCCUUGUUGCUGUUGGGCCUUUCUUUAAUCUAAAUGUGAUGUGGAAUCAUUUUGUUUUUACACUAAUUACAAGUAUUGCCAAAUAAUCAUCAUAUGCAUGGUUGUGGAAACUUCUUUAUUAAUAAUACUUGAUAAUUAAUAAUCAUCAUCCCUUGUUAUCUUGUCCUAUAUUGUGUUUGCUUCUUUUUUGGAUGAGUUUUCUCCUCUAUUCGCCAAACUCAGGCGGUGGUGAUGUUCCUGAAGACGACGAGACGCCAUACUGUAGUCUAUGCAUGGGUAACAUUUGUUUAUCAAAUAUUCUACAAACAUAUGCUGCCUUUUAUAUCCCCUAGGAUGUAGAUGUUCAACUCACAUAUUGUCUUUAUUUUAAUCAGUCGAAACCAACUAUGAUGUCACCGGUAUGAGAAUCAUCUCAGAUGGAAUUGGAUGCAUUUCUUUCAUGCUGAUUUUCAUCCUCAAACCUUUGAUUAUAUUCUGAGUAAUUUAAACAUUUUCAAAUAUAUUCACUUUUAAGCAGAGUAGUACUAUUGUACUGUAUAUACAAAUAAAUAAUGGGGAAUCCGAUAUAGUUGCACACAGAAUAUUAUUUUUGUUAUGGUUUUUACUAGAAUUUUACUUUGGCAAUAUCCCGUUUCUUUUUUUUUUUUUUUCAUUUACAGUAUUUCUUCUGAUUGACAGUGUGGGUUCUAUUUAAUGGUGGGUUCAUAAAUAAAAUGAAAGGCUGUAAAUGUC